AUGAUAGACAAAGAUGAGUGUUUGUCCCAUGACGUAAAGUACGAGGGUGACACUGUUCAUGUCUCUUUCAUUGUUAUUAAGGCUGAUUCUCCCUGGCAUUACGACGACGAAGGUGUCGAUCUCGUGGCAUACAUGAUACUCCAUGACAUUCAUGCUGUAGUUGAAAGCUUUGAGAAGGCACUGACCUUGGAGCCAAAUGAUGCUCAUAUACCUCUAUAUCUGUAUCCCUUCCUUAAUACAACCAGUAAGUCCAGACCAUUUGAGUAUUUGAGGCUUACCACUCUUGGAGUCAUUGGGGCCUUAGUGAAGGUUGAUGAUACAAAGGUUAUAAGUUUCCUUCUUUCAACAGACAGAGAUUAUUUCGUUGUGCCUGCGAAGUAUGGAAAUGGAUCUAAAUCUUUGGAGCAACUGAGCAUUAUAUUUGGAGCAACUGAAUAUACUACAGCUAUUGACAUUUGGUCAGUUGGCUGUGUAUUGGUUGAGCUUAUGCUAGGACAGCCCUUGUUCCUCGGUGAGAGUGGAGUUGAUCAGCUUGUUGGGAUCAUCAAGGCUGAAUUAGCUUACUUGGGUGAUUCCUUGUUUGAAACACUGAUUCUCUGA